AUGCAGUUCAAGCUCCUCACCGCCGUCACCACCUUCCUGGCCGCCUCCUCUGUGCAGGCCGCCAUCGCGCCCUCCGACAUUGUCAAGACCCUCGAAACGGUCACUGACCUGUCGAGCGAAACCAACGACAUUGCCAAGACUAUCACCAACCCGGUCCAGAUCUUCACGGCCGCCCCUCGGCUGCUCAACAGCUUCAAGGACAUUAUCACCACAGUGACCAGUGCCAUCACCAUGCUCGGCGAUCUCCCCAAAGACCCUGACUUCCCCGAGUCAGGCCAGAGCGAAAUCUGCGAGGCCUUCACCGGCUUCGUCAAGGUCCACCAGAAUCUGCUCGAGACCAUCAUCGGAAAGAAUGGUCUCCUCUCCAGCACCCCCUUCACCGCGCCCAUCGCCGCUGUCCUCCGUGUCCUCGAGGGCGUCGUCGACAAGGUGGCCCUUACCAUCAUCGGCACCGUUCCCACCUGCGCCGACGGCGCCGAGAAGGAUCUCAAGGCUCUUGACAAGACUCUGGGCGAGACCAUUGAGAUCUACUCUUAG